GCAAGAGGGUGUGUAGAAAAUUCCUAUAUAAUGCAAACGCUGCGGUAAAGACCCAAAACCCUAGCUCUUCACGAACCACCUCACGCUAUCCUCAUCCAUUUAUACAUCCCUGCUCUUCUCUCUCUUUCUCUCCCCGCCCCUGCUUCCAAACCAAAAACCCUAGUUAGCUUCCUUAUCCCCUCCUCUCCGCCGUCAAUUUAUUUUCACCACCAAGUCGGUGAUUGACAUAAAAAGCUCCAAUACGAUGUCGUCAGACGACGAGAGAGAGGAGAGAGAGUUGGAUCUCACAUCCCCUGAAGUCAUCACCAAAUACAAAAGCGCCGCAGAAAUUGUCAACAAGGCAUUGCAGUUAGUGAUAUCAGAAUGCAAGCCAAAGGCUAAGAUUGUUGAUAUUUGUGAAAAAGGCGAUUCUUUUAUAAGAGAGCAAACUGGUAACAUGUAUAAAAAUGUGAAGAAGAAGAUUGAAAGGGGAGUUGCUUUUCCAACUUGUGUUUCUGUCAACAACACUAUUUGCCAUUUUUCUCCACUUGCUAGUGAUGAAUCGGUCUUGGAAGAAGGAGAUAUUGUCAAGAUUGAUUUGGGCUGUCAUAUAGAUGGAUUUAUUGCUGUUGUUGGACAUACCCAUGCUCUUCAAUCAGGGCCAGUUACAGGUAGGGCAGCUGAUGUUAUUGCAGCUGCAAAUACUGCUGCUGAAGUUGCCUUGAGGCUUGUAAGGCCUGGCAAGAAGAAUAAAGAUGUAACAGAAGCUAUCCAGAAGGUUGCUGCUGCUUAUGACUGCAAAAUUGUUGAAGGUGUUCUCAGCCACCAAUUGAAGCAGUUUGUGAUAGAUGGAAACAAGGUAAUUCUGAGUGUCUCCAAUCCCGACACAAGAGUUGAUGAUGCAGAAUUUGAGGAAAACGAAGUGUAUGCCGUGGAUAUUGUCACAAGUACAGGGGAAGGCAAGCCAAAACUGUUGGAUGAGAAGAGUACUACUAUAUACAAGAGAGCUGUAGACAAGAAUUAUCACUUGAAAAUGAAGUCUUCGAGAUUUAUUUUCAGUGAAAUUAAUCAGAAAUUUCCAAUCAUGCCAUUCACUGCAAGAGCUCUCGAAGAGAAAAGGGCCCGGCUGGGAUUAUUAGAAUGCGUGAAUCACGAUCUUCUGCAGCCCUAUCCUGUUCUUCAUGAGAAGCCUGGUGAUUAUGUUGCUCAUAUCAAGUUUACAGUACUGCUAAUGCCAAAUGGAUCAGAUCGGAUCACUUCACAUUCACUGCAAGAAUUGCAGCCUAGCAAGACGAUAGAUGAUCCUGAAAUCAAGGCCUGGUUGGCUUUGGGUACAAAGACAAAGAAGAAGGGUGGUGGGAAGAAGAAGAAAGCUAAGAAGUCUGGUGAAAGAGCUGAGUCAACAGAAGCUGAACCCAUGGAUGCAACAACAAAUGGGGCUGCUGCGCAAGAAUGAUCUUUAUAUAGAUUUUGCCCAUUUGUCCAGUUUUGGAACUCUAUUCACCUUCUUGUAUCUGGUUGGUUGAGAAAUUUUUUAAUAUAGUGUCUAGACAUUGAUCCUAA